GCGAGCAAGCCUGUGGAUGAGCAGUGUGCUGGCCAGACGGGUCGGGGGCGGGCCCAGACCAGAAGGGCUCUGCAGCCCCCACCUGCUUCCUGAGGGGUCCCCUGCCCAGCUUCCAGGAUGCUUAGCCACACCCGAACCUGUUCCACUGCAGGGGGACAGCUGGCAGGAAACGAUGGCACCAGGACCAUGGCCUUCUGAGCUUUAUAAUUACAGCCACAAGAUACAUCCUCUCCCCUAGACAAGUGUGGGGCCGGCAGCCCCUAAUUACCACUGACCCCAAGACAUCUGCCCACCCCUGCUGUCCUUCUCUGCUCAGUCUAGCACCCAUUUUCCAAUGGGCAGGCCCCACUGGCAGCCUGGGUAGCUGGGCCCGCCAGCUGCUGGAUGGGAGUUUAUCUCACUUCUGCAGAGUGAGGCCGCCUUUGCCACCUGGAGAAGGCGCGGGGGAGCUGGCAUCUGGGCUCUGGCCCUGCUCACUGGGGCUGGCAGAGCUGCUGGCUGCCCAGGCCAACCUGAGGGAGGAGGCCGAGGGGCUUCCCCUGGUGGGCAGCGGGCCCGAGUGGAGGGCACCAGCUUUCUGGUCCUCCCCCCCCACCCCAGCCUGGUGCCGGCUCCUGGAAAGAGCAGGGAGGGCUUGUUUCCGUGUCCACUCUGCCCUAGUUAGCAGGGGAGUAUCAAAAAUUAAUCUCAAGAUCUCACUGCCUUUGGCCCUUGCCGGAGUGCAGGCUGCCUUUUCUCUGGCUCCUGGGAGCUCUGUUUCUUUCCUGGCUGUGCAGCUUCUGGCCUCCCUCUGUCCUCUGCUCUCCUUCUCUUCCACUGUCUCCCUGCUGCCUCUCAGCCCAACCCCAGGCAUGUAGCUUUGCCUUCCCAGUGGGCUUCUGCUCCCCGCCAGUCCUGGAGUCAAGCUCUGGGGGCUUCUGCCUCAGUACCGCCCCCUCUUCUGCUCCCCCAACCUCUCUUUCCCUGCCUGAGCUUUGCUCCUGAAAGGGAGGCUUAUAAUGGGAACUCGCUUAGGAAAGAUGAAGCCUGCCCUGCAGCCCUGCCCCCCAGCCCCCCAGCCCACAGGGCAGAGAGAGUCUCUAGCUGCCUGUCCAAGUUUCUCUUGGCUCCUUGGAAAAAUGAGCACCACAAGGAUAGUAAAAAUCACCCUUAAAUGAAAGCUGAUGACUCCUGUCGAAAUGUUUUAUAAUUAACCUCACCGUUUAGCAAUCUCGUGGCAGCAGUGAGGCAUAAAUAUAUGUGUACACACGUAUAUUAAAUAAAUUGGGGAAUGCGGUGCAUAAUGACAUUAUCUGGACCCCAUUCAAUUAAGGUAGAUAUUAUCUGCAGUAAUUGGGAAAUGCCAGCCCAUAAUGACAGCCCGUGCCAUUUCGGCUCGAGCCGUGCUGACGAGCAAGCUGUGGUGUCUCCCUAAGCCUCCCUCUUCUCCUGGAGAAAGCCCUGGCCACCCAGGGGCUGUGAUGACGCCCUGGGGAGCUCAGCUGGCUGGCGGUCCCAGGCUGGGCCACCUGCAUCGGGACCAGGAGGUUUGAGUCCUCCCUGGGUCCCCCACACUCAACCCUCCCAGCCAUCCCUCUGUCCCUCAGGGGGACAGACUAGUCUCUGGACCCGUGUUCUGGCUGGGCUAUGACUUCUAGUAACACUUCAUCGCUACAGGGUUAUUUUUAGAUUUGAAUAUAGAAAUAAAGAUUGGGGACUUGACCUGGAUUCUUAAGUUUUUGGCCGGUGAUCGCUUCUCAGAUGUCAUGGCCCCUUCUUUGUGCCUGGCCUCAGGGUGCCUUAGGGUGGGAAGUCUGCCCCACAGCUGUGGUUCUGUUCGUGGCUGUGCAAGGCAGUAGGGUUUGGACAUGGGCUCCCUAAGCCAGUGGGCCCGAGGUUUCCAGGGCAGUGCCGGGGUUUGGGGGGGGGCGGACAGGAAGAAGGAGGAGAGAGGAAGAAACAGCAUUAGCAGGAAGCCCACAAUGGCAACAGCUGCAAACAAAGGCACUUGCCCACUUGGAUGUUGUGCUGGAAAACUGGAUGGCCCUGGCAAGUGGGGGUGGGGUGAGUUGGGGCCAGAAGGAGAGGCCUGGGGGUCUGCAUGGGGGCUGCUGGUCGGAGGAGACCUUGAGCAAGCGCGAGCUUGGUGGCUGGCCCCCUGGCUCUGGGAGAAGGCGAAGGUCAAGGCUGGGCAUUUUCUGAGCUGAAUUGGUGGGACCCAGUGCCAAUGAGAUGUGCUUGCUUUGCCAUGCAACUGAUGGGAGCUGCUGUGGCCUUAGCAGGUGGCUGCGUUUGAGCCUCUGGUUUCUCUAGUCCCGAGUCCCUGUCUGCUGUGCUCACAGUGGGCCCUCCUUUCUCCAUCCACACCAUGGCCCACAAGGUCCUGCUUGAUCUUAUGCUUGGAGCCGGCUCUGACCUCCUCUCCUGCCUCUCUCCCUUCCCACCGCCUUCCAGUCAUGCCGACCUCCUUGCUGUUCCUUGAACAAUGAAUGCUAAUCAUAUGCCCACCCCAGGGCCUUUGCACUUGCUGUUCUCUCUACCUGGGAUGUUUUUCUCCCAGAUACAUGGCUCAUGCCUUUACUGUUUUUAAUCUCUGCUCUAAUGCCACCUCCUCUGAGGAGCCUUCCCUGACUAUCUUUUUCUGAAAAAGCUCCUCUGGAUCAUUCCCUUUCUCCUUACCUGCCUUGUGUGUCUUCAUAGCCCCUUGAUCCCCUGAAGUGCCACCCAUCUGUGUGUAGAUGUAUUUAUUGUCUCUCCUGCGCCACUCCCCACUGGGAUGUUGGCUUCACAGGGCAGGUGUUUGUAUCUGUUUUCACUUCCAGCGUUUCCCCAGUGCUCAGAACAGAGUCUGGCACACAGCAGGAGCUCAGCACGCAUUUGGAUGGCACAUUGAAUAACUGAAUGGUCAUGGAUUAUAUUCCAUGCCUACCCACACAAGAGGGUUGUAAGAAUUCAGGGCAAGGUCUGAGUCCCACUCUGGGAACCUGGAAUGCUGCUGCAGACCCCCACUCCCUGCCCUGGGCUCCACACUGGUGAGGGUGGUGCUGUGCUGGCUCUGGGCAGGGACCUGGCUUUGUCUGGUUGUUGAUUGAGAAUUUCCUGCAUUCUGAGCCUUGGGCUGGGCACUGGGACACCAAGAUGAGGGCGGUGCUGUGCACCCAGGCCCUUAACGUGCUCUGAGGCUUAUCAGUGCCCAAUAACAACACACAGAGAGAGGCUUUAUGGCACUGACUGUGGAGGAAGGAGAUAACAGGAACUAGAAUCAUCAGGGCAGGCUUCCUGGAAGAAGAAGUAUCUCAGUUGCUCACUUGAAGGGUAAGCCUCACAGGGAGGAGGCUGGAGGGAAUCCAAGGGUCAGGGAAGCAUGGGCAAUUGGUUUGUUUCCCCCUUCUUAGUUUUUGCUGGCAUGAAGCUCAGGAAUUAUGUCCUCCAUCCCUUCCUUCGUUCCUUCCACACGCAUUUCUCAGUACCCACCGCAUGCCCAGCACAGAGCCAGUCACUUCUGAACCAGGCCCUUGUUUUGGAACAGGGAGAGGAUGGCUUUUGAAGUGAGGUCUGGGGUUUCUGAACUUGAGAGGUUCCUGAUCAGGCCAGGGAGCUGGAACAGCUCAGGGAAUUGAAGGGAAGGGGGCAUGGGGUCCAGACCCCCACUCUUCCCUCCUUCUUGCUCUUAGAACAUGGCUCGGGCUGGGUCAGUGCCUGGAGCAGGGCUACUCUUCUUAUUAUUCUAGAACUAGAUUACCUGGGAGAGAAGGGUGGAAAGACCCCAGGGAUCAUUCAGUCACUUCCACAGACCCUAGUGGGGGAUGCUAGGCACCGUGCAAGCUGGGAUGCAGAGAUAUCAAGAUGAGGAUGACGUGAUCCCCUCAGGUUGUGGUCCAGGUGGGGAGAGGGUUGUGCUGCUGGGGUUUGAGGGAGAUAGUUGGUCACCCCCUUUCCUUAGGAACCCAAAUCAUACAGGUGGAGAUUUGUUGCUGGUGCAGCUGGGGUGGAGCGGGCUUCUGAUGACCUGCUUCCUGGGUUAGGCUUUGUCCAUUUGAAAGGAGACUGUCUAGCAAACCUCACCUCUGCCCAGCCAGCGCAAGUCCCCAGGGGUCAGGAGAGAGGGGGGCCUUAGAGGUGACCUGCAGUCCCAAGGGGGUGGGGGUGGUGUAGGAAGGAGGGGAGAGGCCUCAGGUUCCCCCUCACUGUCCCCUUUGGCGAGUGGAGCUGCCAGCCCCUCCUUCCGUGGAAAUGUGAGAUGUGGGCGAUGAGGCGUCUAAACAGCUCAGGGGGUUCAAACCCCACUUCGCUCCUCCAUUCACAAUCCCUGAGUUCUCCCAGCACCUGGGCUGGGCUGGGCCCAGCAGAGGUCAAGGUGAAGAGAGCUGAAGUAGGUGCUGGAGGGAACCGGGGCAGGCAGAGGGGGAGGGCCACCAUAGGUCCGGAGGCCUGGCUCAGGAAUGUGAGGAGGGUGUGCUGGGGACCCCGGGCAGGCGGGGAGUCCUUUCUGGACCUGGCUUUCCUCGUUCCACCCGCUCAGCCCUAGGGGCUGGCCUGCUGGCCUGCAGAGGAGCCAGGAGGCUGAGCGUCCCCUCAGAGGGCUGGAGGGGGGACUGAGCCGCUCUGGUUGUGGCCCCCACCCCUGGAAGCAAAGCGCAGGGUCCCUCCCUCCGACUCUGCCCUUUAUUUCGUGUUUGGGAGAAUUCUAUUUCUUUAGCUUUUGGAGAAGAAAAAGCAGCUCAGUGAAAACUAAAUUGGAGCUUAUUAAGUCACAGUAGCUCUCUUCUGGUUGUUGUUUUGUGGUUUGUGGUUCUUUAUGGCCCAGGCCCUGGCUGGAGAGGGAAGGGUUGAGGUCAGGCAGGAGAAAAGUCUGGAAUCCUGCUUGUUAAGACUCAGAAGGGGUCACUGAGGUAGGUUUGGCCAGUUCCUCGGGCGUCUGAGAGACCCUCAGGUGGUGGGGCUGGCUGGGCUAAGGGAGGGGUGAACUGCAGCUCUCCCCCCAGCCUCCCCUCCCCCAUCCCCUUUCACUGAGGAGAAUGUUCUGGAAAAUGCCAUUGGCCAGUGAACUAUUGCUCUACCCUGUGCUCCUCAUCUCUCCCUGCCUAGUUCUGUCCUCCCUGGAGAAAGGAUCUAGCAGGGACAGCAGAGGGAAGUGAGUAAGGGGCUGAGGAGGGAGGUGGGAAAGGGAGACUGAGGAUGGGAGAGGAGACACAUCUGGGGGUGGGUGGCCAUCCUGGUGAUUUCACUUCGGGCGGGACCCCCCCUAACGGUCCCAGUUUGAGCUUUCCUGGCUGUUUUGGACCUGGGGGAGUGGUCUGAGGGCUCCCAGCACCCCCCCAGCUCCCCCCUCCCCUGCAGGUGGAGGUGCCCCGUGGGGGAGGGAGGAUCAGCCGGGCUCCCCGUGUCCGCCCCACCCCCAGCCUCUGCUCUCCUGGCUCCUUUCACUCCCAGGUAUUUUUACUUUUCCCUGGUGCCUGUUAUGCGGAUCAAAGGAAGGAGGGGAGGCUGAAAGAGGCGGUGGUUUGCCCAGCUCUUGGAGAAGCUCGGAAAAGGCAGGCCUGGUUGGUAAGAGGAGAGCAUUGGAGCUGUUUUCCCCUUGAUGCCAAGAUCUGCCAAGCUAGGAGCACUCUCCUCCUUUCACAGUCAUCCACCAAGAACAGGCCUGCAGGACGUGGGGACCAAGCCCAGAGCUUUGCUGCACCCCAGGCACGCCCUGCCAUCUGGGAGCAUGGCCUGUGCCCGUAACUGAGCGUUGCCUGCGGGGCGAGGAACACCAGCAUGGUUCAGCCUGCUGGCUGCCAUCAGCCACCCUGCUGCUGAAGCUGCACUGGAGAGACUUGUGGGGGCUGCUCUGCCCCUGCUCCCCCAGGCUGUGGGCCAGGGGCCCACACGGCUAGGAGGGAGGCCUGCCAUUCAUGGGUCUCUAGGGAUUUCCGAGAUGCCUGGGAAGAGGGGCUGGGGCUGGUGGUGGGCCCGGCUGCUCCUUUGCCUGCUCUUCAGCCUGUCUGGGCCCUGGGUGCCUUCCUCCCUGGGGAAGCCCAAAGGCCACCCGCAAAUGAAUUCCAUCCGCAUAGAUGGUGACAUCACCCUGGGAGGCCUGUUCCCGGUGCACGGCCGGGGCUCAGAGGGCAAGGCCUGCGGAGAGCUCAAGAAGGAAAAGGGCAUCCACCGGCUGGAGGCCAUGCUCUUUGCUCUAGAUCGCAUUAACAAUGACCCGGACCUGCUGCCCAACAUCACAUUGGGCGCCCGCAUACUGGACACCUGCUCCAGGGACACCCAUGCCCUGGAGCAGUCGCUGACCUUUGUGCAGGCGCUCAUUGAGAAGGAUGGCACGGAGGUCCGCUGUGGCAGCGGCGGCCCGCCCAUCAUCACUAAACCCGAGCGCGUGGUGGGUGUCAUCGGUGCUUCAGGGAGUUCGGUCUCCAUCAUGGUGGCCAACAUCCUUCGUCUCUUCAAGAUCCCCCAGAUCAGCUACGCCUCCACAGCCCCCGACCUGAGUGACAACAGCCGCUACGACUUCUUCUCCCGCGUGGUGCCCUCGGACACGUACCAGGCCCAGGCCAUGGUGGACAUCGUCCGUGCCCUCAAGUGGAACUACGUGUCCACGCUAGCCUCGGAGGGCAGCUACGGUGAGAGUGGCGUGGAGGCCUUCGUCCAGAAGUCCCGUGAGGACGGGGGUGUGUGCAUUGCCCAGUCGGUCAAGAUACCACGGGAACCCAAGCCUGGGGAGUUCGACAAGAUCAUCCGGCGCCUCCUGGAGACCUCGAACGCCAGGGCGGUCAUCAUCUUUGCCAAUGAGGAUGAUAUCAGGCGUGUGCUGGAGGCGGCCCGGAAGGCCAACCAGACCGGCCACUUCUUCUGGAUGGGCUCGGACAGCUGGGGCUCCAAGAUCGCCCCUGUGCUGCACCUGGAGGAGGUGGCCGAGGGUGCCGUCACUGUCCUCCCCAAGAGGAUGUCCGUGCGAGGCUUCGACCGCUACUUCUCCAGCCGCACGCUGGACAACAACCGGCGCAACAUCUGGUUUGCUGAGUUCUGGGAGGACAACUUCCAUUGCAAGUUGAGCCGCCACGCGCUCAAGAAAGGCAGCCAUGUCAAGAAGUGCACCAGCCGUGAGCGCAUUGGGCAGGACUCAGCGUACGAGCAGGAGGGGAAGGUGCAGUUUGUGAUUGAUGCCGUGUACGCCAUGGGCCACGCGCUGCACGCCAUGCACCGUGACCUGUGUCCGGGCCGCGUGGGGCUCUGCCCGCGCAUGGACCCUGUGGACGGCACCCAGUUGCUCAAGUACAUCCGCAGCGUCAAUUUCUCAGGCAUCGCGGGGAACCCUGUGACCUUCAAUGAGAACGGAGACGCACCUGGGCGCUAUGACAUCUACCAGUACCAGCUGCGCAACGGCUCUGCCGAGUACAAGGUCAUCGGCUCCUGGACUGACCACCUGCACCUCAGAAUAGAGCGGAUGCACUGGCCAGGGAGCGGGCAGCAGCUGCCCCGCUCCAUCUGCAGCCUGCCCUGUCAGCCAGGUGAGCGGAAGAAGACGGUGAAGGGCAUGCCCUGCUGCUGGCACUGCGAGCCCUGCACGGGGUACCAGUACCAGGUGGACCGCUACACCUGCAAGACAUGUCCCUACGACAUGCGGCCCACAGAGAACCGCACGGGCUGCCAGCCCAUCCCCAUCAUCAAGCUUGAGUGGGACUCACCCUGGGCCGUGCUGCCCCUCUUCCUGGCUGUGGUGGGCAUCGCUGCCACGCUCUUCGUGGUGGUCACCUUCGUGCGCUACAACGACACGCCCAUUGUCAAGGCCUCGGGCCGCGAGCUGAGCUACGUGCUGCUGGCGGGCAUCUUCCUGUGCUACGCCACCACCUUCCUCAUGAUCGCCGAGCCCGACCUGGGUACCUGCUCUCUGCGCCGGAUCUUCCUGGGGCUCGGCAUGAGCAUCAGCUAUGCGGCCCUGCUCACCAAGACCAACCGCAUCUAUCGCAUCUUCGAGCAGGGCAAGCGGUCGGUCAGCGCCCCGCGCUUCAUCAGCCCCGCCUCGCAGCUGGCCAUAACCUUCAGCCUCAUCUCCCUGCAGCUGCUGGGCAUCUGCGUGUGGUUUGUAGUGGACCCCUCCCAUUCGGUGGUGGACUUCCAGGACCAGCGGACGCUCGACCCCCGCUUCGCCAGGGGCGUGCUCAAGUGCGACAUCUCGGACCUGUCGCUCAUCUGCCUGCUGGGCUACAGCAUGCUGCUCAUGGUCACGUGCACCGUGUACGCCAUCAAGACGCGCGGAGUGCCUGAGACCUUCAAUGAGGCCAAGCCCAUCGGCUUCACCAUGUACACCACCUGCAUCGUCUGGCUCGCCUUUAUCCCCAUCUUCUUUGGUACCUCGCAGUCGGCUGACAAGCUGUACAUCCAGACGACGACGCUGACGGUCUCGGUGAGUCUGAGCGCCUCGGUGUCCCUGGGGAUGCUCUACAUGCCCAAGGUCUACAUCAUCCUCUUCCACCCGGAGCAGAACGUGCCCAAGCGCAAGCGCAGCCUCAAAGCCGUCGUCACCGCCGCCACCAUGUCCAACAAGUUCACGCAGAAGGGCAGCUUCCGGCCCAACGGCGAGGCCAAGUCCGAGCUCUGCGAGAACCUGGAAGCUCCAGUACUGGGGGAAAGGCCAGAAGUGGACAUUGUUGGUGGCAGCAGGAGGGACAUUGGUGAACAUAGGCUCCAGAGAGGAGCCCCUUUGUCACCCACCAAGAGAUCAGGAGAAACAGGAGACCUCCCCUCGCAGCGCUGGCCACCAAACAGACCUACGUCGCCUACACCAACCAUGCAAUCUAGCUAGGCCACCGGAGCUGCACAGGAGGAGCAGAACAGACCCUUGUGGAUGGUGCAUCGGGCCAGGGCCCCCCCACCGCUGCAGGGGGGCCCAGCUGAUGUCCUAACUGCCCGUGGGCACCCACGGACGUGGCUUGGUGCUGAAGAUAGCACAGCCCCCAGCGGUCACUGCUGGGUUGCCUGGGCAAGCCGGGCUGGUGACAGGAGGAGGAUGAGGGGCCGGGGAAGCUUCAGGCCACCCCAAGACCCUGUGUCCUGGACCAAAGCCCCUCCCAGCCCCAAACCACAGGAGGCCCCCCGUGCUGGUUUUCUCUCUCCCUCGCCUCUCUCCAUCCUAUUGGUGACCUUCUCAGUCUGUCUCCAUCCCUGUCUUUAUUUUCUCUUCUCUCUUUGUAUCACCUGUUCUCUCUGUGUC